AUGUUACAUCUAGGUUACCCGCAGAGAGCUCCUUACCUCACCACCGCUCCGCAGUCACUACCCAUACCCAAAACUGUCAAUCACUUUGGAAAACGUAUUUCCAUGGUUAACUUUUCUCUACCCCUGUGCAUACGCUCUCGUGUGGCUCACUUAGAUUUCUGGGAGAACGUUCUGUUGCAAGGAUUACAGCUAUAUGGCUUCUCAUUUGUAUGUGCUCUUAUGUGCCUUCCUAGACUGCUUUUCCGAGAGAAGCUGAGUGACCGCGCUUGCCAUUCCUCGGGCGUCAACCAGAGAGACUCCGCUCAAGGGAAGCGAGGGCAGAUUAUUCGAUCUCUUCGGCGACGCUUCCAAAGUGUCAAUGUAACCCCUAAAGAGGAUAAAGAGAGGGAUGAGGUGAAUGACGAGAAGGUGAAACAAAAAUGUCUCUUCUUUCAUUAUCUCGAUGAACUAAAACAUAAAUCAAAUGCGAAGAAUACGUGUAAGUUGGUUGAAGAUGGUAAUGGCGUGUUGUUAAGAGCGCCAUUUGUGGCUGAGAAUUCUCUGAAUAAGAUUUCAUCAGAUUGUGAUCAGGCAAUACAUAUUGAAAGUCUUAAGCAGGAUACACAACCGAAAAUGGAAGCUACAUUGAAACGUUUUGCAUGUGAAGUAUAUGGCAAGAAAUUCUCUCAAAAGAGAAUUAUGAACAUUAAUAUGAGAGUUUACACAAAGGAGAAGCCAUUCAGCUACACUCUAGUAAAGCACAUGAGAGUACAUACAAAAGAGAAGCCAUUCUGCUGUGACAUUUGUAGCAAGGCCUUCUCUGAGAAAGGUACUCUAGUGAAUCACAUGAGAGUACAUACAAAGGAGAAGCCAUUCAGUUGUGAGAUUUGCAGCAAGGCCUUCUCUCAGAAAGGUAAUCUCGCACAGCACAUGAGAGUACAUACAAAGAAAUCCUUCUCUGAGAAAAGUACUCUAGUAAGGCAUAUGAGAGUACAUACAAAGGAGAAACCAUUCAGCUGUGAGAUUUGCAGCAAGGCCUUCUCUGUGAAAGGUAAUCUAGCACAGCACUUGAGAAUACAUACAAAGGAGAAGCCGUUCAGCUGUAAGAUUUGCAGCACGACUUUUUCUGAGAAAGGCCAUCUAGCAAGGCACAUGAGAGUACAUACAAAAAUGAAACCAUUCAGUUGUGAGAUUUGUAGCAAGGUCUUCUCUUUGAAAGCUAGCCUAGUAAAUCACAUGAGAGUACAUACAAAGGAGAAGCCGCUCAGCUUUGAGAUUUGCAGCAAGGCCCUCUCUGAGACAGGUAAUCUAGUAAAGCACACGAGAGUACAUACAAAGGAGAGGGCAUUCAGCUAG